AUGGACGAUGCUGGAUUGUCUGGAUCUCUAGAGCCAGGACAAGAUGCUGGCUUAGAGCAGUUUAGUGACUGGUUAGAUGCUUCCAUGGAUGAACAUGAUGGUGAUGCUUUUUCAAGUGAUUUGCCCCGCAGUUUUCACAUGUACAAUGAAGCUACACUGAUUGGACCUGAGUCACCCGAUGUGAUCUGGUCAGUGGACAACGGCGGAACUCUUGAGAGAGAACAAGCUGCGUCUGAGUGCCCUAGCCCUAGUUUGGCACGUGACUCGGAGGUUGCUGCAGGUGCAACACCGCUUGGACCUCAGCCGACUGUUGGACAUGGACAGUGGCAGCUUGGAGUAGCUGCAAACCACUCACAGUUUGCACAGCGGCCUUCAAAUCUUUUGUUGCCUUGGGAGACCAGAGUUUUUGCUGAAAUUUUUGGGCAUUCAAGUUUACUGGAGCUUCCUUUGAAUCAACUGCCUGAACCUGACAGCGGUUUGAUGGAACAAGUGAUCGCUGCUGCUGAGACGCUUGAAGGUGCUGGAACUCAGACUUUGGAUUCAUGUUCUGACAAAGUGGUAAAGCAUGUACAGGAUUUGGAAUAUUUCGAAAACAAAAACAGGCAGUUGGAACUUGCUUGCGGUCAAUGGUUGGAGUUGCUGUCAUGUAGCUGGUAUGCAACCGGUGUUGGAGAGAUCUUGGCAAGGGAUAUGCAAAAAGAUGCAUCCGGAGCUUGCGCCUACGAGACAUUAAAGGCAUGUUUCGGAAUCAAGAGUCCACAGACUCUGUUGAAGAGGGCCUCGAGCUUACGGAGGUAUUUCAAGUGGCAUGCAGAGUUGCGCAGUGAUGCACAACAGGUUCAUGUGAGUCCCCUGCCUUUUUCAGAAACAGAUGUUUGGGCUUUCUUCCAUUGGCUGCGUGAUUUGAGACGUGAAAACCAACGUGGUUUUACAAAUGCAUCUGCAUUUCUGGAAACAGUGAGAUUCAUGAAGUUUACGCUGGAACUGAGAGAGUCUGAUGUGGUGCUGCACUCAAGAAGGCUUUUGGGAUUUGCUGCAAUUGAGAAACUGCAGAAGGGACCGACACGGCAAGCUGCACCACUUGAAUUGUGCAACUUGCAACGCCUUCAUGAGAUUUUGGAGGGCUCUGGAUGCCUUACUGACAGGUUGGGAGCUGGAGCCAUGCUGAUCUGCGUUUACGGGCGUGCCAGGUGGUCUGACCUGAGGUACAUUCAUCACGUUGUUGUGGAGGAAGGCAGGAAUGGCUUUCUCACGUUAUAUACUGCUGAGCACAAGACAUCAGCCAUUGGAGCAAGGAGAGAACAGUACCUUCCUUUGGUGGUGCCAUGGAUGGGUGUGACGCAUGAUGAAUGGGUCAAAACUUUCAUGGAUGUUUACAAGAUGGCAGGGCUGGAUUUGUUUCGUGUGCCAUUGGGUCCACUGCUGCCGGCACCGCGCUUGGGAGGAACGUUUGGUGCAAGACCUUUGACAACGCCAGAGGCUGCGGAAUGGUUGAGACUGCUCCUGAGGGGCACAGAUGGAUGUGAAAGCUUCAGGGCACAUUCAAUGAAAACUACAUUGCUGGUUUGGGCAGCAAAAGCAGGGCUGGACAAGGAGGUGCGUGCCGUUUUGGGCCACCAUGCAUCUGCGCUCCAGGGUUCGGAGGUGGUUUACAGCAGGCAUUUGCAGACACGAGCAUUGAGAAAACUGAACAUGAUGCUCCACCGUGUUCGGAUAGGUUUGGGCUUGGAUGAAGAUGCAAUGGCACCAAACCCAUAUGCCACACCAUAUGCUCGUACUCCCAAACCUGGAGUUGUGGAACAACAGCCGAUGACUCCUUUUCCUCCUGUGCCAGUUUUGGAUGCGCCAAGAGAUGUUGUUGAGACAGCCAUGGAGGAAGUGAAUGUCGAAGGUGACAUGGACAGCAUCAAGGAGGAGCAGCUUGAUGAGGCUCAGAUUUGUGCAGCUGCUUCAAGCAUCUCACUUUUUGACCUCGGAGUUGUGGACACUGGUGUUAUUGAGUUGGACAGCUCGUCUGGCAGCGAGAGUGGAAGUGAUACCACCACAUCCUCAAGUGAUGAGGCCAAUGUAAAGCAGCCUGAUGUCCAUGCAUACGUUGACAGGGUACCAGAGGGCCAGCAGUUUUACAAGCAUCGAAAGAGCGCAAUCAUGCACAGAGUCAAAGAUGGCCAGAAGGUCGCAGCGUGUGGCGCUCAGCUCACUGCAAACUUUCAGUUGAUGCCCAGAGAGAUCAAAGUGCGUUGGCCGAAGUGUUUGAAAUGUUUUCCAAAGGACUCCAAUAGAAUCAGAACAAUUUCUCAGCUCACUGGAGCGAUUGACAAUGCGUUGGGCAGAGCCAAGCGACAGGAGAGAUGCGCAAGACUAGGCAUGGGACAAGGUUUCGUCACAGCCCUAGCUGCAGUUCAGGUAGACUGCCUUUCAAAGCUUGCAUUUGUGAUUGGCCAGCCUGGACAGCCAAUACAAAAUCAAGAAGUCACAGAUUUCUUGCAGAAUACGUUGGGCCGUGCACCGACCUUUGCAGAGACUGCAGCUUUGAAGAGGCUUGGUUUUGAGGCUCAUACAUACCUGGUUGCAACGUUGAGACAACAGAUUGAUCAGAGUGAUGAAACGCAACCCAGAAAAGUUGCUUUCGCUGAACGUACACAGCGAAUGGACAGGCUCCGUCAGGACCUCAGAGGACUUGAAAUUAGUGGUGAGCUUGAACCUUCCCACAGUUUGCUGGACAAGUGCUGUGCUAUUUUUGACAGCAACAAUGUCAAAUGGCUGGAGCCGGCAAUUUGCAUUUCACGAAGUAUGGAGGUUCAGGGCACACCAAAAGCCCGUGAGCUCACGUUGGAGAAAGGGUCACUGAUCCUUAAACAGGAUGACAAGUUGACUUGCCAGACUGACUCUGAGAUAAAGCUGCACUAUGCAUUGAGCAGGAGGGCCGUUGCCUUAGCUUUUGCACGAGUGAUGUCCUUUCAACAACACAAUGCCUGGGUGACGUUUCUCUUUGAAUCACUACACCGUGAAGUUCCUCCAGGUUACAGUCGUGCAAACUUGUCACAAGUUGUGAGUUGUGACAAAGCUGCUUGGGCAAGGCUUGCAACGUUGGGUGUGACAACACGUGAGGCAGCAGAUGGAACGUACACUUGCCAUCUUUUUGCAAUGUGCUUGAGACGAGGUAUUUUGGCCACCAUGGAGAAUCCCCGUGGCUCUUAUCUUUGGGUAAUACCCUUUGUGCUGGAUCUCUUGCGAGCUCAUUCACUUUUUGCUACAGAUUUUCAGGCGUGCAUGUAUGGAUCAAUGCGGGACAAGUGGACAAGGAUCAUUGCCACCUUUCCUGAAAUUUGUCAGAUGGACGUUGUUUGCGACCGCACUCACAAACACCUUGGUUGGGGAUUCACAACUAAUGCACAAGGCCAAAAAAUGUGGGCAACAGCAGAAGAGUCCCAGUACCCUCGAAAGCUCUGCAUAGCUUUGGUACAAGUGGUGUUGCAAGUGGCUGCAACCAAAGGCGUGCAAUUGCGACCAAACUGUUUGCACCACAUCGUCGACCAUCCUUUACUUUCAGCAAAGAAUGCACAGAUUGCAGCAGGUCGCCAACCAAGAGGUGCCAAAGUCCCACAUUUGGUUCCUGACUUUCAACAGACAGCCGUUUUCUACGCUAAACAGCCUGCUGACAUUCCAUGUGGUCUUAUGGGAAAGCUCUCAACUUCAAUUCAGCUGCGGACUGAACAACAACAAGCAGUCCUAGUGCCAAAGCAUUCACGUUUUUUACGUGGAUGUUUCGCUGCAGACUCUGACAUGGGGGUAGCAGGUGAGUCUUUGCGUGUGGACAGUGAUGAGUUUUGGGCGUUCAAAGCAGUUUUUGGCUUGCCGUGGGAUUGUGAACAGUUUUUGCGCAAAGCAGUGGAGAUGGGCCACCCUUCAAAGCACAGUUUUUUGGUUCCAAAGGAUUUGCAACUGGCUCUGGACAAACACAUGGUUUGGAGCGAAGAAACCUUGGUUCAAUAUAGAAUGAGCUGGUGUCGCAAAUGGUUGAAAAGGGCAAAGGAGUUGGAACAGGCUGAGCAUUUAGAUGCGGCCGUGCGUCCCCCACAUGUCAGGUCUGCAAAGCUUUCUCCCGAGCUUGCCUUUGGACUUCAAGUGAUGAUGAAAAGGUUAUCCCUUGGCAUACCCCGCACCGUCUCUGCAAAGGCGGUGCAACAAUGGUUUGUCUUCUCAGAUGCGGCUUACGAGCCGGACCUCAAGGCGCCGGCACCGGCGGCGCAGUGGGAGCCGCUGCAGCACGCCUUGGUGGUUGCAGUGGUUGGCUGGUUCGAGCUCACAGAGAAAUACCACAAGCCGUUUUUCAGCGCGACAAUUGCCAUUAGCCAGGUGCAAACAGAGCCCUUCAAAACCCUGAUGUACGUGCUUUAGCAAACUUGGCUGAACUUGCUGGAGUUGAUUUACGGAUCGUGCUGUUGGUUCGACAUCCGGCGAGUGUUGUCAGUAGUGGUCUGAGAAGGGGAUGCGAGAAAAGUGGUCUGAUUCACGCCAUCAAGAUGUACACUUCGACCCUAUCUUUGUUGAGUUCGCAACUCAGCCUGCUUGAUCCUUCUUUCAGUGCUUGCUGGAGAUAUGAAGCACCCACUGCAG